GAAAACUGAACUGUAUACACGAUUACUCUUUAAUGUGUGUUGAAAGGAUUUCUCUGUGGACAUGAACAUGAACUUCAGUGAUGGAUUUUCAUACAGUUUUAGUAAAACGUUUUUCUUUACUAUGUUUAAUAUGAACGUUAAUAAUAAUAAAAGGUGAUUUAUGAGACUUUACAGUCCAAAGGUAAACAAACCUGGUUGUUCAUUAAAGUUUUACGGCUGGAGCCUUUUCACAACAGAAAGUAAAUGUGGCUGUUGGUUUAUCGAUCUUUUGGUUCUUUUUGGGUUUUUGAAGGCACUCGGAGCACACAGAGUUCCUUACUGCCAUGACUUCAGCUCUACCACUGAGAUGGUUUUCACUGCUCCUUUUCUCAGCUCUCAUCCAUCAGACUUCUUCUGGAUUAUUUUCAGUGAAGGUUCAGUCUCCAGUCUCGGGGCUCCUCGGUUCCUCUGUGUCUCUUCCCUGUAGUCUUGAAAACAUCUUGGAUGCUCGACACCUGGAGGUGCGCUGGUAUCGUCCCAAACUAUAUAAUACCCCGGCCCUGUUUUACAAAGACACACAGAUCCAGAAGAAUCCUGUAGAUGUUCAGUACCAGGGCAGAGUGUUUCUGUUAGGAGACCUGGAGAAUGGAGAUGUCUCCAUGAAAUUGGAGAACCUGACUCUAGCAGAUAGAGGAGACUAUGUGUGCCAUGUGAGCAGUGAUAAAUGGUAUGAUGAGGCCACGGUGUCCCUCAGACUGAGAGUGGUGGGAUCCACUCCUGUUCGGACUUUACAAGAAGCAGGAGCAGGAAAGAUUAACGUUAGCUGUCACUCAAAUGGUUGGCUACCUGAGCCUUUAGUCAUCUGGACAGAUAAAGAUGGGAGAGAUCUGAAACAUCUCAGCAAAGACAAGUUCACCAGCAAUACUGAAGGACUUGUAGAUGUGAGCUCAUGGAUGAUUGUGUCUCCAUCUGAGUCUGAGUGGAUCUCCUGCUCUGUGAGUUUGUCUGGUCAGGAGACAAAAGUGAGCAGAACAGCAUUAUUCAUCCCUGCAGAGUCUCGAAAUGGAUACCUUCUUCUGAUUCCAAUUGUUCUGCUAAUGUGUGCUGCUGGAAUUAUUGUCUAUUGUGUACUACGUAAAAAAGGUCUGAUUUCUAAAGAAAAACAGAAAGGAACUGCAGAAGGAACUUUAUCAGAGACUGAACCUCUAAAUCAGGCCUGUGUGAAGAAUCCAGAUGAAAAUGACUCUUCACCUGUCAUUAAUGCUCCUGAUGAUGUGGUUGUAGAUAUAGAGCAAAGCACAGAAAUACGACUAACUCCAUCUCCAGGUCUGAUUUUGAAGAGAAAAAUGACAGAAAGUGCAGAAGUGUUUGUGAGAGCAGAUCUCAACCAUGUGAAAUCAUCUGAACUACAGAAUUCUGAGGCCGUGAAAAAUAAACCACAAGCUGCAGAUUCUGGAGGAGAGCAGAGAGGAUGCAGCUCCUUACCAGUGUUCUCCACUGCAGGUUCAGCUACUGACAAACCAAACUUCAUCUCAAAUACUACACCUGCUGCCUGCAUUUCCGAGACCAUACAAACCUCCACCCCAUCAAAUCCCACCCUCACAUCAAUUUCUUCAAAUCCCACCUACACAUCCACCUCCUCAAGUCCCACUCUCACUUUCACCUCCUUAAAUCCCACCUUCACUACCACCUCCUCAAAACACUCCUCAACUCCCCUUACUACCACCCCUUAAAUUCCACUCUCACUACCACCCUGAUUCCACCCUAUUCCACACCUGAUGCCCCCAUUUGAGAGACAAUACCUACAUCUAUUCCUUCAAAACCCACCCCACUACCACCUCCUCAACUCCUCCCUUACUACCACCCCUCAAACUCCACUCUCACUACCACCACAUCAAAUUCCACACCUGAUGCCCCCAUUUCAGAGACAAUACCUACAUCCAUUCCUUCAAAACC